CACAGACCCACACUCCUCCACGUUAUUCCUCUCUGACAUGAUGCUGGUUCUGGUGGCUGCUGGAUCCGUCUUCUUUCCGGGUCUCUUCCUGUUGACCAAAAAGAGUCUGAAGCAGCUGAUGGGAUGGAACGAUGGGGAGGCUGCUGUAGUGUCCACACGUUUGGUUUCGUCUGUUCAGGCCGUCAUGGCGUCAUCAGCCGGAUUCUUCAUCACGUCGAGCUGCAGGGACGUCAUCGAGGACAGACACUGGCUGACUGACGCCUACAUCUUGUUCGCAACGCCGUACUUCGCCUACGACAUCUACGCCAUGUUCCUGUGUUACUGCCACAAGAUGCAGGUCAAAGGUCACGAGGAGGCGGAGCUUCGCGGUGGCUCAAACCUAGUGUCGGAUUACCUUCGCCGAGAGCUCCUCAUGGUGCUGCAUCACGUCUUCAUGGUGACCUUCUGCUUCCCCGCAUCACUGCUGUGGCGGCAGGGGAAAGGAGAUUACUUCCAGGGCAUCUUGUUUCUGGCGGAGCUCAGCACACCUUCAGUAUCUCUGGGGAAAGUCCUGAUCCAGUAUAAGCAGCAACACACUCUGCUGCACAAAGUGAAUGGAGUCGUCAUGAUGUUCACCUUCUUCUGCUGUCGGGUUUUGCUCUUCCCUUACCUGUACUACGCCUACAGCAGGUACUCGUCGCUGCCGCUGCUGGCGGUGCCCCUGGUGGCCCCCUGGCAGUGUAACCUCGGGGCCGCCCUGCUGUGGCCCCUGCAGCUCUACUGGUUUGCUCUGAUCUGCAGAGGAGCCUUCAGGUUGUUCACCCGGCGCUCCAACAAAGGCCAUGACAGCAGCUCAACCAAUCAGACAGGCCGGCACUGAGCAGGAGGUGGACCUUAACACGAGUCUGAACUACAGGACAAAGUGACUGAUGCAGAGUUUGUCCUCAGCUGGAGCUCUGAGCAACAAACAGCAGGAGGAGAUGGAAAUGUCAUCCAUUUUGCCUGAUCCGGUUUUACAUGAAAAGAAACAGAAGACGGACUGAAAGGAAGAUUUAAAGUUUGAGCAGAAGAGAUUCACCUGCUGGGAAGGUGACUGAUGAAGAUCUCAGAUGGUUAAACUGAUAUGACCCAGAAAGAUGGACUUCUAGGUUUAAUGUCAGGUUUAUUCUUAAUGAUUGACCACAUCUGGAACCAGUUUAAAACCAGUUUAUACCAAAUAUGAAACCAGUUUUUAUGCCAAGUGUGAAACCAGUUUUAACUAUGUCUGAAACCUGGUCACAACCAGUGUAAAAUCAUGUCAAAAUCAUAUAAAAUCAGUCUAAAAACAUAACCAAGUUCACACUCAAGUCUAAAACCAGUCUAUACCAAGUCUGAAACCAGUCAUAAAUCAGUCUAACACCAAGUUCAAACCCAAGUCCAAAACCAGUCCAAUAACAAGCUAAACCAUGCACAAAACCACAAAAAAGUCUACCUUAAACCAGUUUAAAACCUAGUCAUAACCAGUAAAUAAUCAGUCUAACAAGAAGUCCAAAACAAAGUCCACACCCUAGUCUGACACCAGUUUAAACCAAGUCUACAAUCAGUGUAAAACCAAAUAUAAUAGCAGCACAAAGCAUGUUUUAAACCCACUAUAAAACCAGUCCAAUAACAAACCUAAACCCAUGUACAAAACCAAUGAAAAACUGUCUAAAACUAGUCUAAACCCAAGUCUCCAGUCCCAAACCUAGUCCAGAAUCAGUCCAAAAUCAAGUCCAAAACCUAGUCCAAAAUCAGUCUGAAAUCCAGUCAAAAACUGGUAUAAAUCCAAUCUAAAACCAGUCUAAAAUUCAGUAUGAACCCAAGUCUAAAACCAGUCUAAGCCUGAGUCCAAGAACAAUCUAAAACCAAAUACAAAACUAAGUCUGGAAUAAGUUUAGAAGAAGAGUGAUCCUUAUAAAGAUGUCGAGGAAUCCCACAAGGAUCAGUAUUUGGUCCUUUGCUGUUUAUUCUCCAACUUCACUGUAAAAUCAGUUUUUAGUCCAUUGGUUUCAUCAUGAAGCAGAUUAAUUUUACAACCUCAGGACGUAUUUCAGCAUGUAAUGAUUAUAAGACCCAGAUAUAUUAUUUCACAGAAUGAAAAUAUUCUUAGUUUCAUCCUCAAACAGAGCUGAGAUUAAUUUAUCUGAUGACUAUUUUUAAUCAGGUUUCUGUGAAGACUCAGUUUAAUUUUUUGUGUUUUGUUUUUACAUCUUUCUGCUAAAAUAAACUUAAUUUAUGGCUGUUUUACAUAA